GCCCGCGCCCGCCUCAGCGCCGAGUUCCAGAUCCCGCCAGAGUGGCGGGCCGCUCAGCCGCGAGUAACGGCGAAGUCCGGCUGGAUUACCUGCUCGGCGGGGCCCUCGACCCAGCGACGCGCCCAGCUGCAAGUCGCAGCGUGCCGCCUGGGCCUUGAGAUCCUCCAGGGUCUCCCGCUGCCAACUGAGGUCGUGUGCGCCGGUGCUUCGCAGGCGGCGGCGGCGGCGGCGGUGGCGGCGUGGGGGCGCCCUCCCGGCGGCCUCGGCGGCCCAGGCGACGACCCGCGCAACGGCGACCCCGGCCCCGACGACGACGCCAUUGACGCCGGCACCGACGACGUCGACGACGACUCCCUCCCCGUCGACGGCGGCCCUGGUCGCGACGACGGCGGCCCCUUCGACGACCGUGUUCUGGGUGGCGCGGCGGCGGCUGGGGCCCGCGAGACGAGGCCGGCGCCGCCGUUCAAGGCGGCGGCGCGCUCGACUUGUUAA